AUGGAUGAAUUUGACGAGGAAGCAUUCAACAAGUUUUUCCCCUCCAGCUUUGGGAAGCAGGCUAAAUCUGUUGAUGUUGAGACCCAAAUCGACCGAUCCAAGCGUGCCAAUAUUUCGGCUCCAAAGCCCGAGAGCAAUGAACUAAGCACUGGCACGACAGCCCCUAGCGCAGAAGCAAGAGGGAGCGACGAUGAGCCAAAAGACAGCGAUGAUAAUAGCGACGAAGACUCCGACGAUUCAGAUGACGAGGAUGAAUUUCCCGUAUCGCAUGAGCUCGUUCUCAAGUCUCAUGAGCGUGCUGUGACCACCAUGACCGUGGACCCCUUGGGGGCCCGACUAAUCACAGGUUCUACCGAUUGCACACUGAAACUACAUGACUUUGCGUCAAUGACUCCAUCCACACUCCGCGCUUUCAAGUCCGUCGAUCCUUCAGCCAAGAAAGCGACGGCGGCCCAGGACACCCACGCCUUGCACUACGCCGCGUUCAAUCCGCUCUCCCCAAGUUAUGUUCUAGCUGUGACUGCCACUCCACAGCCACGAAUCCUCAGCCGCGAUGGUGAGAUACUCACAGAAUUUGCGAAGGGUGAUAUGUAUCUACGAGAUUUACACCAUACCAAAGGCCAUGUGUCUGAGGUUACUUGUGGUGCAUGGAACCCAUCUGAUCCUAACCUAUGCGCCACUGCUGGAACCGACAGCACAAUUCGCAUCUGGGAUGCCAGUGUCGGCCGCUCACAGCGGGAGGUGAUCGUGCACAAGUCACGGGCGGCUGGCUCCGCUGGUCGGACUAAGAUGACCGCCAUCGCAUGGGGCUCACCGAAACAAGGAGGCGCCGACAUUCUGGUAGGUGCGGCUCUCGAUGGGAGUCUAUGUAUGUGGAGUGGAAAGGGCCCAUAUACAAGACCCAGUGCAGAAAUCCGGGAUGCUCAUGUCAAAGAUACAUGGACAAGCGGUCUUGAUAUCAGUUCCGAUGGAAGGCUUGUUAUCACCAGAGGUGGUGAUGAUACGAUCAAGCUUUGGGAUACCAGAAAAUUCAAGACUCCAGUCACAACCGUCACACAUACCUCGACAUCUUCCCGCUAUCCGACAUCCAACAUCCAGUUCUCUCCUUCCUCUGCCAAUGUCAUCACAGGCUCUCAAACCGGCCACCUGCAUAUCCUAAACCCCGCUACUCUCAAGCCAGAGCUCGUCACUCCAGUAACACCGGGGUCGCCUUUGAUUACUGUUCUAUGGCACGAAAAGCUCAAUCAAAUUAUGACGGGCUCCGCCAAUGCUGAAACCCACGUCCUCUACAACCCGACCAUGUCCACGAAGGGCGCAGCGACGGUUAUGUCCAAGGCGCCAAAGCGCCGCCACGUCGAUGAAAUUGCCAUCACCACGGACUUGAACCAGGGAUUAGCAGGUGAUUCAGUGGUUGUCGGCUCCAACGGAGUUCCGCAUUACAGCUCGGCAACCAGGUCUGCUCGUCAUCCUACAGUUGGCUUUACAGCCUCUGGUCGCUCGAGGGAUCCUCGCCGACCGCAUUUGCCGAUGCAGACACCGUUUGCCAAGAAUACCCCAGAUGAGAAACACAUCCUCGAGCAUAUUCCCCUUAGUUCUAUGCGAGAUGAGGAUCCACGUGAAGCACUCUUGAAAUAUGCCGACAAGGCGGAGAAGGAGCCUGUAUUCACCAAGGCAUAUAAGGAAACACAACCAAAGGCCAUAUACGCGGAACUGAGUGAUGGCGAAGAACAAGGCCCCGAAAAGAAGAAAGCAAAGCGAUGA